UCGGACCACGAGCGGCGGGACCAACUUAACAGAUCUGAUCCACGGGGAGAGACUGAGGGUCUGCGUCCGAUAACAAACGUAUAUUCCGGUUCCGGUGUUUCCAGAACACGAGUGGCAGGUCUGGGGAAACAACCAGAGCACCAAAAGAUGUUGCAUAGCUGUGUAUUCAAGGUUGUUCGACAGCUGGUGAGACAUCAGGUGUCUGAUGCCUCCGCCCUUGUACUGGAAAGAUCCUUGAAUCGGGUUCAGUUGCUCGGCCGUGUUGGGCAGGAUCCUGUAAUGCGACAGGCUGAUGGAAAGAAUCCUGUAACAAUCUUUUCAUUGGCUACCAAUGAAAUGUGGCGAUCUGGAGACAGUGAUACAUUUGCAACAGGAGACAUCAGCCAGAAGACAACUUGGCACCGAAUUUCCAUCUUCAGGCCUGGUUUGAGAGAUUUGGCCUAUCAGUAUGUGAAGAAAGGGGCAAGGAUUUACGUGGAAGGGAAGCUCGACUAUGGUGAAUAUACUGACAAAAGCAACGUUCGGCGACAAGCAACAACAGUUGUGGCAGGACUCUGCAGAGAGUGGUGUGGACAGCCCAGCCCAUCUGUAGAUGUGAACUUCCCACUAUUCAGGACAUUUACAGAGACAGGUGUGUAAAAAAGGCCCAAAGGAUCACUGGGGACCUGAGUCACCCCAACCACAAACUGUUCCAGCUGCUACCAUCCGGGAAACUACCGCAGCAUAAAAGCCAGGACCAACAGGCUCCGGGACAGCUUCUUCCACUAGGCCAUCAGACUGAUUAAUUCAUCUGACGCAACUGUAUUUCUAUGUUAUAUUGACUCUCCUGUUGUUCAUAAUAUUUAUUAUAAAUUACUAUAAUUGCACAUUUAGAUGGAGACAUAACAAAGAUUUUUACUCCUCAUGUAUAUGAAGGAUGUAAGUAAUCAAUUCAAUUCAAAAAACUUCACUCACUUAUGCCUGCUGUCACUCUUGAACAUCUGACAUACUGCUAGUGUCUUCCACAGUGAAGACUGACGCAAAAUACUUAUUCAGUUCAUCGGCCAUUUAAUUGUCCCCCCAUUACUAUCUCUCCAGUUCCAUUUUCCAGGGGUCCAAUAUCUAUUCUCUCCUCUCUUUAAACUCUUUAUACUGUAUAUCUGAAAAAAAAACCUCUUGGUAUUCUCUUUGAUAUUAUUGGCUAGCCUACUUUCAUAUUUAAUAUUUUCCCUCAUUAAGGCUUUUUCAGUUGCCUUCUGUUGCCCUUUUUAAAUAAUGGUGCAACAUUAACUCUUCUGGAAUUUUACCUGUGGUGAAAAAUGAAACAAAUUUAGCUGCAAGAUCCUCUAUAUAACUUUUUUUCACUAGCUUCCCAUAAUGCCUGUGGAUGCAUUUGGUCAGGCCCUGGGGAUUUAUCCACUUUGUGCGCUUUAAAGCCGUCAAUACCUCCUCCCUGCUAAUUCUCAGGUGGACUGAGAUGUUACCACUCACUUUCUGAUUUUUCUUUGGCAUCAUUUUAUCCUUGGUAAAAACUGAAGAGAAACAUUCUUUUAAAAUCUUGCUUUGGUUCUACCCACAGGCAGCCAUGCUGAUCUAUCCUUUCCUCAGUCACCCUUCUAAUGUAGGAUUUGGGAUUUUCCUUAACCCUGCCUCCCAGAUCCAUUUCAUACCCUUUCUUUGUCCUCCUGAUUUCCCUCUUAAAUGUACUCCUACACUUCUUAUUGUCAUUGCGGGAUUUACAUGUUCUCAAUUGCCCAAAGCUCUCUUUUUCCUGAUCAGAGUCUCGAUAUCUCUCAUCAACCAGGUUCCACAAACUUGCCAGCCUUGCCCUUUACCUUAGCAGGAACAUGCUAUCCUUGGACUCUUAAUAUCACACUUUUAAAAGCCUCCCACUUGCCAGUUGUUCCUUUAUCAGUAAACAAUCUCACCCAGUCAACCUCUCCUAUACCCCGUCUAAAGCCUCCAACAUUGGCUCUGCCCCAGCUCAGGACCUCCACUUGAAUUACCUUUCUCCAUAAUUAUUUAAAAACAUAAAAAUAUAGUCAGUUGACCCAAAGUGCUCCCUGAAUGACACUUCCAUCAUUUACUCUACCUCAAUCCAAAGAGGAGGUCCAGUGUUGCACCCUUUCCAGUAAAGACCUUUUUAUAUUGAUUAAGGAAACUUACUUGCACAUAUUUAACAAAUUUCACUCUGUCCGAGCCCUUUGCACCAUGGGUGGCCCAGUCAAUAUUAUUCACCAAACUACCUGCGAUUUCUUUGCACAUCUCUCUAAUUCAGCUCCCUGAUGGCCCACAUAUCUCCUUUAAAAUCUCCUCUCACCCUAAAGUUCUGCUCUCUAAUAUCUGACUAUUAGUGAUUGAUGCUCAACUGAAUGGCACCAGCCUAGUUCAUGUGUUCGAUGGCCCUGCACAGAUUUGUCAUGACCACCAGGGGUCAUGGUGUGAGUGUGAGUGGCCCUUUCAGUUCCUGGGCAUGGCUCUGCUUCAGUGUAAAUCCACGCUCCAAGCAGCAGCAACAUUCUGUGUUGUUAAGCCUCUGUGAUUGGAGUUUCAGGGACAGGUUUAUCCUGGAGAUUUAUUGUUGCACUGGGCUUCUGUGAGUGUAGUAUAUUGUUGGUAGUGAAGACAGUCUUCAUGUGGAUUAUUCUGCCCAGUUAGCUAUUUGCAAUAACUACCUACUUUACACAACUUCAUCACCUUUUCCUGCUGUGCCACUGGAAAGUUGCCCAACUGGCAUAUGUGAUUCCAGCCACCAAAAUGUUGUCAUCUUUGGUCAAGGUGAAGGUGGCUCAUGUCCAGCAACACCCAGAUCCUCAAAAGUGAAUUAAAGAUCUCAUUAGUACAACUACAAGGAAAGUAUGCCAAGGUAUUUACUUACUAAGUAAAUUCGGCUUGUCACCGAACAUUCUAAUGAACUUUUACAGAUGUACUAUUGAAUGUGUCCUGACCAGUUGCACCAUGAUCUGGUAUGGCAUUUCCAAUCACAGGAGUGUAAGAAGUUGCAGAGAGUAGUGGACUCUGCCAAAUACAUCUGGCGCAUAUCCAUCUCCAUCAUAGGUAGUGUCUACAGGAGGUGCUGCCUCAAGAAGGAGACAUCAAGAAUCCCCACCAUCCAGGCCAUGCCAUCUUCUCAGGACUAGCAUUGGGCAGGAGGUACAUAAGCCUGAAGUCCCACACCACCAGCUUCAAGAAAAUCUACUUCCUUUCAACCAUUCGUUUCUUGAACUAAUUGGCAAAACCAAUUAGUCUGGCAACACUACAAGCAAUUUAACCACUUUGCAUUAAAAUAAACUUUGUUUCUUUUAUUCUAA